ACAGCCUCUCCACUCAAAAAAUAGAGCCUUGUCAAUCGCAGCGGAAAGUAGAAAACGAAUAAAUUAUAACAUUAAUUUUGUCAUUUCAAUACACCCGGGUCAGCAGACUUUUUCAAAAUAUUAACGAAAUGGCAUUCUGUGGUCAUGUAGACGAGUAUGGUGAGCUGAUUAUCCGAGAGGAGAUCUACAGCUCUAGGACUCUUCUCCGGCGCUCCACGUCCUCCUCUACCGAGUCCCCCAUGUCCCAAUCAUCGCCAGAGGCAACGACCCCAAGUGUCACUAGCCGCACUUAUUCUAUGAAGUGCGACACCGAUGAUCUCUCUCUGGAAAGCUGGUCGACCAUGUACAAGGAAACCAAACAGUCGGUGCCUUCUCUGAUCUUCAGUUCCCACUCAAGCUCCAUGAAUUAUAUGCAUAAUGUAGAUAAGGUUCGUCGUAACCCCAAGGAGGCCUACGACAACUGGUACUCCGCCAAGCAGCGGCUGCGCGAAAAAGAGAUCGUGAUGCUAAAGCAGGAACAGCAAUAUGGUCAGCAGCAGGCGGAGAUGCGGAAGCGACUCGCACAGGAGUCCUACGAAAUGUGGCUAAGGAACAAGGCUCAGGUGGCGGCGAUUCAGCGGUAUGAGGAGGCAGUCGAUGUGGAAAGUAUCUCUGAACCCACCAGCGAAUCAGCCUCUUCGGCGAAUCGGGCUACCAAGCUCGUCAGGGGCAAACGGAAUGUAUCUCAGGACGAAGUGCGUCAAGUGGUGGAAAACUGGAGAAGGAAGAAGCUGCUGGAGCUGCAAGCGCAACGGGAGAAGAAGCGCCGGGAAAUGCUAUCCAAGGAGCAGGAGGAGGAGCGGCGUAAAGUCCUGGCCGAGGCGGCUUGGAAAAAGUGGAUUAGCAAGGUGAGCCAGAAGCCCAAGCCAGUGCCCCUCAACCAGGGAAUAGACUCCCUACGAGGUACAAUCUCGAAACUUUAUGUGAAUCCCCAGCGCUGGCAGGACCCUCUGAAGGAGGUUACCGCCGAAACCGCUCCACCAAAGAAGUAAGCAACCGAAUUAGUUACUCUGUUAUCGAUUGUAGUUUCUGUAUUCAAGUUACGUAAGUGAUUUAAAUUAAUAUGAAAUUUGUUUAGAAAAAUAAAAGGGCUGCCAAUAUUUUCUACCUUUCUGGUAGUUCUCGGAAA